AUGGUCUUGAUCGAAGAUUCAUCGUGGGAACCAAUCAAAGAGACUGAAAAGCAACAGUUUUGCAUGGAAAUGAUGAAACGUCUUGAUAUUCAAAGAAAGAACGAGCAGUUCUGCGAUGUUGUUUUGGAGGUGUGCAACGGCGAGGAUCAAGCUCGCGUCAACGCUCACAGGAUCGUAUUAUGUGCAGCAAGCCCAUUUUUCUAUAGUGCUCUUAACAGCGAUAUGAAAGAAAACAAAGAAGGAGUUAUUAGAUUAGAAGAUACGAGCAAAGUUACGAUCGAGGAAUUAUUAGAUUAUCUUUACACCGGACACGUGGAUGUCACGCAAUACAACGCGUUCGAGUUGUUCAAGAUAGCUGAUUUCUUAUUGAUUCCCAGUUUGAAAGAGGUUUCAAGCAGGUUCAUCAUACAGACAUUGUCUUAUUCAAACUGUUUAAUGGUAUUUUAUUUGGCUGUGAAUUAUUGGUGCAUUGAAUUACAGGAAAAAGCGAGAGAUUUUAUCCUUGCAAAUUUCGCCAGCGUUGUCGAACAUGAAGACUUUCUGAACUUAACCCUCACCGAGGUGGAAAAGUGGAUUUCAAGCGAUGAAAUUAGUGUAAGAGGAGAACAGGACGUUUUUCAGGCAAUUGUGAAGUGGAUGGAAAAUAAGGGGAGUGGAGAAGGAGAAAAAUUUUUUGAAUUAUUUCGUCAUGUUCGUCUUAUUUACUUGUCACGCAACUAUGUUUUCAAUGAAAUUCUUCCGCAUCCUUUGGUAACCAACGACAAUGAAUGUACAGCUUUUGUCUUAGAUACAGUUAAAGAUGUCUCUUCUGGCUCUGAAGAGUGCUUUUUUGCCCAAGCACCAAGAAACUGUCUUAAAACAACAGAAGAUUGCCUUGUUAUUGCUGGGGUAGGUAAAAGAACACUUUGCUACCUUCCUGCUGAAAAUAAGUGGUAUGAUAUGGCACGGAAAACGAAGAGCAAAAAACAUUAUUAUGUGAGUGCUUCUCAUGGUAAACUUUAUACCAGAACCAGCCCUGAUCAACAAAUGGAGCGAUUUGAUCCAGUCAUAAACUCAUGGGCACCUCUGAUAUGUUAUACUAGUGUGAUGUCACACCGUGUGGCGGCAGUGGUCAAUUUCCAAGGGUUUUUGUAUGUGAUUGGUGGAGAAGAAGAUGAAGAGGCUGUAAGCUCUGUACAUAAGUACAAUCCUGGUACAAACCUAUGGCAGGAAGUAGCACCAAUGAAUGUUUCCAGAGCUGCAGUGUGUGCUGUAGCUGACAAGGAGACCAUGUAUGCAAUUGGAGGUUUUGCAAACAAUGAACCACUGGAUGUAGCAGAAAGAUUUGAUGCCAAAAUGAACUCAUGGUGUAGAAUUGCUUCAACUCUCGAGAAGAAAACACUCCCUUUUGGUGCAAUUUUAAAUGCUAGAGUGUUUUUAUUUGGAGGUGUAACUCUUCCUCAGUCCUCAGAUUUUUUACAUGUAUCUUCAAGCAUUGAAAUGUAUGACCCAACUUCAAACAUGUGGACAGCGAUUCAGAAUACAUCUCUGCCAACACGUUUUUUUAGUGUGACAAGUUUCAAAGGAAAUGUUUAUGUUAUUGGAAAGUGGAACCAAGAAAGUUCCCAUGACUAUUUCUUGCGGAUUUAUGAUGUUGAAAAAAAUGAGUGGAAGCACUGUUCAAGUGUUCCUCGUAUCUCAAGUCCAAUUGCUUUGGCUCCUCUGAGAAUUCCAAGAGACAUUUUAAAGAAAUGUAAGGUUGUAACAUAG